AUGGCUUUGCCCUUCUCGAUUGCCGACUUGCAGAAGCGGGCCUUGGACCGCGGCAUGUGGUCCUCUGUGCAUGCGCGUAUGUCAGCGCGAUCUCGCGUCACCAACUUGGGUGUGACGAUGCUGGCAUGUGCCCUGAUAAUCUCACUUCUCUUUAAUCUGCGACCACGCACGGUAUCUGUGCGCUCUGUGCUCCCAUCCUCGCGCACUGGUGAGGCGUGUCCCUCGAACAAUUACAACCUACGCAACGUGCUGGGGACGUACCCUGGCUCGGAGAAAAAGCCGCUGACGCACCUUGUUGUUGUAGCUGGGCACGCUAUCUGGAAGGGUGACGACCCAGCGAAGAUGUUGAACGAUUCCAGUUGGUUCCUGGAAUCGUACCAGCGUGGCGGCAGCGUCAAGACGUUUGUGAAGCACAUUGAGAAAGGUGUGAGUAUUGCGCGCGACGACCCGAGCAGUCUCUUGGUCUUCAGUGGUGGGCAGACGCGUGAUCAGACAUGGACGACCGAGGCAGAAUCGUACUACCGCCUCGCGCUGUCCCUGACACAUGAGCUGCCGACGUUUGCCAUGGAAGAUGAAGACCUGACGAGCUCGCGUGAAGCGUUCCAGCCGCUGCAAACAGCAACAAAUGUAGAGGCUCAGACCUCUGCGAACAAGCUGGCCUCCGGCUCCAUUGGCGUGGAUCGCUCGAUGGAUCUGAGCCGUUUGCGAAUGACGACCGAGAACUUUGCCUUGGACAGCUUUGAGAACUUGCUCUUCUCGAUUGGACGCUUUUACGAGUACACGGGUACAUAUCCGCGCAAGAUCACUGUCGUGAGCUACGAAUUCAAGAAGAAGCGCUUUGUCGACCUGCAUGCCGUAGCGCUUCGGUGGUCCACCAACAAGUACUUGCCCAGUGGUACGCGGCAGUUCAACUACGUGGGCAUCGAUGACGAAGAUAUGGGUCCUUCUGUGCACGACAAUGCGUACGACCUGUUUGAGCGUGAUAUGUAUGGCUGUUUCAAUGUGCUCCUGACCAAGCGGCGCAAGCGCAACAGCAGUCGCCGCCUCCCGCCGUACCGAAGCACUGCACCUGAACUGGCGGGUCUUAUGGACUGGUGUCCGUCGUAUGGCUCACGUCUGCAAGGGCUAUACCCUGGCUGGCUGCCAUGGGACCCGCGUGUAAGCAACGGGAUGGGCCGCGGUGCGCAGGCGUUCCUCGAGCAGAAUGGUGGCCACUUUGUCCAGGCGGAGUACCUCCCUGACGGCAAAAAGAUCGUAUGA